UAACAAAGCGUAAAAACUGCAGCAGUCCUUUAUGAAAUGGAGGUGUUUAACUUUGUUUUUGCUACUUUCUUGAUGUUAUUUAUUGGCAGUUCUUCAGAUGAAGUUACCAGGGGUGGUAGGAGAGAGGCAACGACAAGUACUGCAUGUCCGUGCUCCGAUCCGGCAUUAUGCAAAGUGAUAUCAACGCCGCCGCGCAAAGAAGUUUUUGCUUUUUGGAUCGGCGGGAGCACGUGGAAACAUUUCGACUGGACACAACUAACAACAAUCGUUAUGUUAAAUCGACAUGAUCCAAAGCUGAUGUGCUUCGCUCACUCUAAGGGUGUCAGAGUUGUAAGUAUGGGUGUUUUACCAGCAGCGUCUCUCUCUAGCAUCUCAUCUCGUUCUAACUGGAUCAUGGAUCGUGUCAAUGACGUCAUUGGAGAACACUUGGAUGGCAUUAACAUCGAUAUUGAGUACCCACUAAAACAAUCAGAAGCUCAUUUAUUGAAGGAUUUUAUGUCGGAGCUGACGAAAACUUUCCAUUUAUCCAUUCCAAACUCACAGGUUACCUUUGAUGUCGCUUGGUCUCCAAACUGCGUUGAUGACCGUUGCUAUGACUACAAGGGUAUAGCCGAGUCAUGUGACUUUGUUUUCAUAAUGGCUUACGCUGAGCAGAGCCAGAUAUACGGGCCGUGUAUUGCUAUGGCUAAUGCACCGUACAACAAAACUAUCAAAGGGAUUAGAGGAUAUCUUGAUAUUGGAAUAUCUCCUGACAAGCUGGUGUUGGGAGUGUCUUGGGGUGGACUGGAUUACGUCUGCCAAAACAUGUCAAAGGAUAACGUCUGUUCCAUCAUACAUGUGCCUUUCCGAGGCGCACCCUGCAGUGACGUCCCAUCCAAAGGACGAUCCUAUGCAUUUAUGAUGUCCCAUCUCAAAAUAUCAACUUCAGGCAGACUGUACAAUGCGACAUACGCAUCGCCAUAUUUCAACUAUAAGAUCGGCUCGAAAAGACAAAUAAGGCAGGCGUGGUAUGAUGACCCACCUUCCCUGACCCUUCGCUAUGAGUACGCUAAAAGGACGAAACUACGUGGAGUAGGGAUAUGGAAUGCAGAUAGCCUGGACUACAGUCAGGACCCAGAAGCAAAGAAGGACACCAAAGCAAUGUGGGAUGCAGUCAAAUACUUUUUAAAGAACUGAAUGCGCGAUUGUUAUCAUUACUCUAGUGUUGGAGAAACACAUUACCUAAUGGGCUGGGGCUUUGGCUAUAAAAACGGUCGUUUGUGAAAAUGGAUCUCCUUUAAAUGCAAAAGAGUGCAAAAGCACGCUUUGAAGAGCCGUAUAUGAGGGACAACUCUUGUUCGAGUGGUCUUCCACUCUUUUCGAUUUAAGUUUGCAUCUGUUUGAGUGAUUUUCACUCUGUCCUGGAGUGAAACCCCUUUAAAAAGUGAAAUAACCACCACUCUUUUUUUGAAGAGCCACAUGAGGGACAACUCGAAAUGUUACGAGUGGUGUUUUUCACUCUUUUACAUUUAGAGAGAUGGUUGGAAAGUUGUUAUUAAAAAGAGUUGGUUCAAACAAAAAUACCCUUUAAAAAUGUGAGUCUUCUUGUUUACCAGUUCAUGAAAUAACGCGGUCAGUACUAUUAUACGCCUUGCAUGGCAACUAAAACAAUACCCUUGGAAAUCUCAGUUUUCGUCACACACAGGGGUGUCACCUGAUGGGAAUAGUUAUGUCCAGGUUUUCUUGUCAUUGAAUAGUUAACUCCUCCAGUAAAAGGUAGUUUCAGUAAUAUUUUGUUCGCGAAAUGGAAUAUAAAAUAAGUAUCCCGAACAUCCGAUAAAUCUACAAAGAAAG